ACAAGCUCGAGCUUUAACACGGGACUCAAGCAGUGCAGUGAUCCGUCUUCAUCUCCUCCACCAUGCUGCUAUCGCUUCAGUGGUUGUAUUUGGUCUUUUUAUUCUAUCUGACAAGCCUCGCAGACGUGGAGGCUCAGUUUCCACAUGCCUGUACGACACAGGAGGCCCUGGACAGAAAGACAUGUUGUCCCCUCUGGAAAGAUGGUUCUCCUUGUGGACAAAACUCAAACCGAGGGAUCUGUGCAGCACCUGCUAGAGAAGCCCUCACACCAUUUGACUACAGGGUGGACUGGCCAAGCGCCUUCUAUACUUAUGUGUGUAAAUGCUUUGACAAAUAUGAUGGAUUUGAGUGUGGUGUGUGCCUCCCGGGUUGGAAAGGACCCAACUGUACAGAACCGCACCUCGUGGAAAGGAAAGAGAUAACAGAUAUGAAUGAUACUGAGAGGGAGAGUUUCCUCUCAAACCUGGACCACGCAAAACACAACACCAGCAACCGUUACAUGAUCCUUACCAGCAAUGACACAACAGUGUUCAGCAACUUUAAAUUUCACAGCGCGACUGUCUAUGAUCUGUAUGUAUGGUUGCACUACUAUGCAGCAAAGAAGUAUGCUGAUACUGACGACGACGCUGCGCACCGGGGUCCUGCUUUCCCAUUCUGGCACAGAGUGUUCCUACUCUUUAUUGAGAGGGAGAUCAGAUUGCUCACAGGGAAAGAAGAUUUCUACAUUCCAUAUUGGGACUGGACCAGACACGCCAACUGCAACAUCUGCACCAAUGACUACUUUGGAGCAGUUGACCCAGAUGGUCUUAUAGACAAGGCUUCCCGAUUCUCAAAGUGGAGGACCGCAUGUGUUUUGGAUGAAGGUCUUGGUAUGAUCUGCAGCCGCCCAGAUGACCCUUCACCUGCACCUAUUACCCGAAAACCUGGAAUGGAUCCAACUGCCGACACUCUGCCAAACAUGGGUGAUGUUAAUGACACGCUGGGAACUGACAAUUAUGACACAACUCCAUAUAACAGCAGAUCCAGGAACAGCUUCAGGAGCAAACUAGAGGGUUUUGACAUUCCUCGAGAUUCCCGACACCUGCAGUCCUCUAUGCACAACCUGGUCCACGAUUACUUGAAUGGCACAAUGUCUCACCUCCCCACUGCAGCCAAUGACCCCCUGUUCAUGGUACACCACAGCUUCGUUGACAAGCUUCUUGAAGAGUGGUUGCAGUGCCACAAGAAUGCAAGCUACCCUGAGAGUGGUGAAAUCCAUAAAGCUCAGAGAGGGGGUGCGUUCAUGGCCCCGUUCUUUCCUCUACGCACCAACGACUGGUACUGGGACAAAGACACAUUGAGCCUGGGUUACAGCUACAGGGAACACAGCAUCCCUCACCCUGGACUCAAUCGCGGCGCCACAAGAAAGGCUGAAGGUGGAGAAGUCUGAUUACAGGUGCUACUCCGUAUGCAGAGUGGAAAAGAAGAAUGGGAGCACUGACAUCAUCUUCUGUUGAUGUCCAAGGUUAAGAGUGUAUAGGCCAGCUAUUUUAUAACAGAAUGUAAUCGGACUUAGAUGGGCUGGGUGUUAUAUAAUCUAUAGGUUACAACUAAAACUUAAUUCAAUAGGAGGGGAUUAGGACUGAUAUGGUGAUAGUUUUGUUCUUGUAGCUUUGCUAAAGAGUGGUGUGGAAUACAUAAAGGAGAGAUGAUUUCUUUGUUAAGAUUUAGAGGUCUUGCACUUAAUACUGAGUGUUGUGUGUAACUAUACUCUCCAUGAUCAAGAUAAUAAAAGAGUAUUUCACCUGA